AUGGAUGACCUAGCUGGCCUGGACUGGAGCUCCACCAGCAUGUCCAACCCCCCUCCCGCCAACAACCCCCCGCCCUCCUUCUAUCCUCCUCUGCGCCAGAGCCCUGCCCCUCAGUUGUCUGGACGCUCGACACCGCUGUCCGCGCAGCAGUCUGGGUCUGUCCCGAAUAGUCGCGGCCUCAAGCCACCCUCCAAGCCAGCUACGCCCGCGAAUGACAGCUUCUCCAGCUUGCUCUCCCUCAAUUCCAAGCCAACAAACAACCUCUCGCUCCAGGAACGCCAGAGGCAAUUACAGGAGGAGAAGGUGCGUCAGGAGGCGGAGCGCAAGAAACAAUAUGACAAACAAUUUGGGGCACACGAUGCUCAGUUUUGGGACACACUGGGCAACGGCAACGCGGCGCCUCCGCCGUCCAAGUCACCUGUAGGCCAUGGCAACGUAUCUGGGAACACCCUGUCCGCGACAAUCAAUAAGCCCUUCGCCGGACUGGACACUUCGAAACGCUCCUCGCCGUUCUCGGCAGUUGACGAUGAUCUACUCUCCGCAUUUAAUUCUGCCGCUCCUGUUGACGCUUCUACCAACUUCCCAAAACCUGGUCUCAGUGGUCGAAGUACGCCUGCGACGCACACUCCGAAAACACAUACUGCGCUUCCCGAAUAUCAAGGCAACAGCUUCCUUGGGGACGAUGAUGAUCCAUUUGGAUUGGCCCAAUAUCCACAGCGCCCAUCAAAUGCAGUGCCACAAGUAACAGUAGAAAACGAUGAUGACAUCUUAGGUGCUCUGGGGAAGCCGGUAUCUGAAUUCACGCCAGCAAAGCGAGUCGAACCUAGGACACGGAUACCAGUGGAGACGCAGCAAGAGCCCGAGUCUGAUACUGGAUUUAAUGACCCUCGUGACAAGGCUAUUGCGGAAUUGGUCGAUAUGGGUUUCCCACCAGACAAAUCUGCCCACGCCCUCGAACAGACAGAGUCUGGCACUGAUGUUCAAGCUGCAGUAGGAUGGCUCCUCACUCAAGCACACAACGAAGCCAAACAAAAGUCCCAAAGUGGUCGCGACGGACGAGGUCGUACUCCCCUCGAAGAUAAUGAAGACCAACCACGAACAACUUCCAGAUCUAAUGGUAGAAGUGUAGCUACGGCAAAUCCCCCUUGGAUGAGGGGACAAGAUGACCGAUCGAAUUCUUCUCAGCGCCGACAAGAUAACAAGUCUCCAGGGGGCGAGAAGGACGUCACCCAAUACGCAUCAGAGAUUGGGACCACUCUCUUCAAAUCGGCAAACUCGUUGUGGAAAACAAGUCAAAAGAAGGUCCAAAAGGCCGUGGCGGAAUUCCAGCAAGAGGGUGAUAGCAGCCAGCCUAAAUGGAUGAGAGACGCCCAGCUUGCAGCAGAACAAGAGGCGCGUCCAAGUCCUAGGAGUAGAGAGAAGGCCCCCGAGCCUGAGUCAAAUGUCACUGACGAGGCACUUUUGCUAGAAUCUGGCAUAUCUCGGCCACAAAGGGCGCAACGUCAACCUGCGUCGAGUACACAGCUGCCUUCUUCAAAGCGGGACAUAAGGCCAAACGAGUUUGCACUUCCAGAACGGCCCUCGUCUCAGCCCCGGAUUCCUCCACAGCGACCACAGCAUUUUGAUAAACGGCCUACAGAGAAGCUUACGCGACAGGCUGUGGAAGAGCAAGCUGCGCAGGCCUACGUCAGUCCAGCUCGACGGAAAAGGCCUACGACAGACACGAAACCUGCCGAGACGCCAAGCUCGUCAAACAGCUCUCGUCAACCAACCCCCCUAGAAUCGCGGAACCCGUUUGCCCAACGAACAGCGACACCGGUUUCGAAAUCGCCCUCGGUGACUCCCUUGCCUACCCGACCAAAGCCGCCUCCACGGCGAAUCCCUCCUGCAUCUUCCUCGGCCUUGUCAUCGUCCGCAUCUGAUCGGAAGAAAGGAUCAGAGGCCUUCAAACGAGGCGAUUACCACGCAGCGCAUAUCGCUUACUCUGCUGCCUUGUCUCCCUUGCCAGAGACGCAUCCUGUAGCUAUAAUUGUUUUCUGCAACCGAGCUCUUGUAAACAUCAAGGUUGGCGAUCCCAAAGCCGCCAUCGCUGAUGCCGACAACGCACUGGUCACGAUUGGGCCGUCCCGAGGCGAGAACGAGAAGAUCUCACUCGGGGGUAUAGAAGGGGACAAGGACAUGAAGGAGUUUUUCGGAAAAGCCCUGAUGCGAAAGGCCGAGGCGCUAGAGCAUAUGGAAAAAUGGGCUGACGCUGGAAAAGUAUGGAAAGAAGCCGUCGAGGCUGGUGUUGGGGGCGCUAUCAGCAUACAAGGCCGAAAUCGAUGCGAAAGGGCUGCCGGCGGCGCAAAUAAGCCGGCAACACCGAAACCAGCACCAGUCCGAAAGCCACACCGGAAGAAAUCCGCACUGGCGGAUCUUGCAGGGGUGCCAGCUGGAUCAGAGUCGGAGGCUGUCAAGAAGCUCAAAGAGGCUAACGCCGCAGCGGACAAGGCUGAUGACGAAAAAUUCGCGUUGACAGACCAGGUGGACGCAAAGCUCAUCAUGUGGAAAGGCACCAAAUCGGACAAUUUGAGAGCGCUUCUUGGAUCACUAGAUAAUGUACUAUGGGCUGAGGCUGGGUGGAAGAAGGUCGGCAUGGGCGAUCUUGUAAUGCCAAACAAGGUCAAGAUCGCAUACAUGAAGGCCAUUGCCAAGGUUCACCCUGAUAAGAUUCCGCAAAAUGCAACGACGGAGCAACGGAUGAUAAGUGCUGCGGUGUUUAGUACAUUAAAUGAGGCUUGGGACAAGUUCAAGAAGGACAACGGACUAUGAGACCCAUGGAAUGGAUAUCAUGCUUAGAUUUUAGCAAGCCAUGUUAUAGAGGAUUCUAUAGGAGUCUUUGUCUGUUCAAACAUCAGAAUGAGACAAAUUGAUUCGGUGUCCUCUUAAUGAUCCCCACGUCAUGUCCUAAGAUAGCCUAGCGUUCCCCGG